AUGAACGAUGUCUCAAGAGAAAUUAUUGAACCUAUCAGUGUAUACAUUUCAAUUCCAUGUGAACUCUACCUUCUGAAUUUGACGACGACUAUGAUGAAAAUUCCACCAGAGAAGCGCCUGACGGUAAAUGAGAACCAGAGCCUGGUCUUCCAGUGCCAGUCCAACUCCUCCUGCCCUCACCCCCACAUGGCGUUCUUCCUGGGGGGCAAUGAGUUGACCUCCGUCGUUGGGUCAAGUCGGGAAGAACUGUCAACUCUGGGUCAGGCUGGCAUGAGGAAGAUGUCCUGCAGUGUUUUCAGGUUUGUUCGUUUGGUGAUGAAGCCCUCUCACGACAAGGCAGUUCUGAGGUGCCAAGUCAUCAGCGGUCCUGGUCUGCUGGUCAACAACUACACCGAAGUCCAACUCUCCGUGCAAUGUUCGUAA